AUGAUAGCUUAUGAAGGCCCAAUGAUCGAGGCUAUCGCCAAUCUCAAUGACGAUGACUGUUAUCUGGACGACAUCCUCGAGCCAGAGGGUGAGCAAGUUUACUAUGGAAGUGCUCUCGAUCCAGAGGGCAGAACAUUUAUGACUCAUGGCGAAGAUCCCUUUGAUCCAGAAGGAGGAGAAGAAUACUAUGGAAGAGGAGGACACCAUGUUUAUGUGGCAUCUUAUUUUGAGGAGACCGAGGAGAUGGUUAACUACGAGCCUCCAAGAGUGGAAAAAGAUCCGGAUCACUAUGCCAAAACCCUGCAAGACUGUGUAAAGUUCAAGCAGUUCUUUGACCAGCUUGGACUUUCCAGGGAGGCAAGAAUGGAAAUCACCAAGUCUAUCAUUAAUAUAGCCGAGGCACACCAUGAGGAAUGCAUGUCGACUGAGGGGACUAUCCCGAGGAAGGCAAAAGAGCAAUCUAAUGCCAUUACUUUCUCCGAGGCUGAUCGGAAGUAUCCUUUUUCUCACAAUCGCCCGCUUUAUGUGACUGCUUUUAUUAACGGGGUUGAGUUCAAAAGGGCCUUUCUAGAUAGUGGAGCCUCUAUCAACAUUAUGACUCGCGCUACUCUGGAAAAGGCCGGAAUCUCUAAAGAACGCAUUGUGAAGCAGCCAAUAGUCAUCACUGGCUUCGGUGGAGAAAGGAGAGUUACUAUCGGAUACGUAACAGUUGAUUUAGCCGUCGGAGAGAUUUGCUCGGCCACCAAGUUCCAUAUUAUCGAUUCUGAGGCAAAUUAUCACAUCAUUUUAGGAAGGACCUGGAUGCAUAAAUAUGGGACUGUACCAUCAAGUUAUCAUCAGUGUGUUAAGGCUAAAUGGGGAAAGAAGAUGGUGACAAUUCAAGCUACAGAAAGGCCUUUCGAGAUCCAUGAAGCUCAUUAUUCUGAUGCCAUCUACUUCACCGAAUUGGCUGUCGAAGAAGUUCCCACCACCUCUAAGCCUCGAGGGGUCAAAAUUCCUCGUUGGGAGGAUAUCAAAGACGACAAGAAGCCGAUGGCAGAAUCAAUCACCGACUUCGAGUCAAAAGAAGAGCCUCCUGAAAAUGAUAUAGUAAUAAAGCCUGAAGUGGCUCCAGAAUGCAUGCAAGAUGGGCCGAAGCCUCAGCCUGAACAACUUAUUGAAGUAGAUUUGAGUGAUGGACAAGAUGCACCGAGGCUGGUAUUCGUAAGUUCGAGCCUUAGCCCAGAGAAGUGGGAACAGUUGUUAAAGUUGAUAAGCCGAUACUCAGAUGUGUUUGCUUGGUCAUAUAAGGAAAUGCCCGGACUAGAUCCUGACCUAGUCUCCCACUAUCUUGAUGUGUUCCCAAACUCCAAGCCAAUUAAGCAAGCUGCUCGAAAAUAUCAUCCAGAUCUCGAAGAGAAGAUUAAGGAGGAGAUUGAAAAACUUCAACAGGCUGGUUUCAUCCGGCCAAUACAGUACCCCACGUGGUUAGCAAACAUCGUGCCAAUUAAGAUGGCUGAAGAGGAUGCAGAAAAGACUACUUUUAGAGCACCUCUCGAAAACUUCUUCUAUACAGUCAUGUCUUUCGGACUCAACAAUGCCGGUGCAACUUACCAAAGGGCUAUGACUGCAAUUUUUCAUGACAUGAUCCAUCAUAAGGUAAAAGAUUAUGUUGAUGAUCUCGUGGUGAAAUCCAAGAAAGAAGAGGACCAUCUCCGAGACCUUGAGAAGGUAUUAAAGAGGUGCCAGAAAUUCAAAAUGAGGAUGAAUCCUCUCAAAUGUGCUUUCGAGGUGACGGUCGGGAAGUUCCUCGGGUUUCUUGUACAUAGGCAUGGUAUCGAGGCAGAUGAAGACAAGGUCAAGUCUAUCAGAGCAAUGCCUCCCCCGCAUUCUCAGAAGGAGUUAAAGAAGUUCCUCGGGAAGGUGUCUUAUAUUCGGAGGUUUAUCCCAGCACUGGCAGAGAUCUCUGCGCCUUUCGGCUCUUUGUUAAAAGGAGAUGCCGAGUUCGAGUGGAACCAAGAACACCAAAAGGCCUUUGAGAGAAUCAAGGCGGCCUUAACCUCGCUUCAGACCAUGAUAGCCCCGCAACCCGGGGUCCCUCUAAUGUUGUACCUAACUUCAACCCCCAAGUCCAUAGGGGCAUUAUUGGUCCAGGAUGUAGAUGGAGCAGAACGCCCGGUGUAUUACAUCAGCCGGAAGAUUCGAGGAGCAGAAGUCCGAUAUACUCCGAUAGAGAGACAUUGCUUAGCUUUGCAGGCUUGCUAUAACCGGGAAGCCCCCAAGGCGAUUAAAAGCCAAGCCUUAGCUGACCUUCUUGCUCAAAUUCCAAGUGGUGACUAUGAACCAGUGAAUGAAGAAGUAAGAGGAGAGGUGCAUGCAUCUAUGGCUUCCGAGGAAAGCUUUUGGACAUUGAGCUUUGACGGAGGAACAGUCGGAGGUAAAAGAGGAACCGGGAUAGUCCUUACAAGCAAAAGUGGGGAAAAGUUAUAUUUGUCUUAUAAACUGGAUUUCCAUUGUUCGAAUAAUGAAGCCGAGUAUGAGGCUCUUAUGUUAGGCUUGAUAGCAGCUGAGAAGCACAGUAUCAAGAAGAUUCAGAUUCGGGGGGACUCAAAGUUGAUAGUGAAGCAAGUUUCAGGACAGUUUGUCUUAAAGGAGCCUGUCUUGGCCACAUAUCGAACAACAGUCCAAAGGCUUCUUGACAAAUUUCAGAAGGUCGAAAUAGAGCAUGUGCCUCGUUCCGACAACAAGUUUUUAGAUGCCCUCGCUACAUUAGGGGCAGGAGUUGAUAUCCCAGAGGAGGAGGCGACAAUUAUUAUCAAGAAGAUAAUAGAGCCUUCGAUAAUACCUGAAGACAAAGGCCUUCCGGAGGACUGGAGAUGA